CCCUGUGACUGCAGUAGAGACUAGAGUCGCGGGAGACAGACACUCCUCUCCAUCAACGUCCCAGAUAGCUCUGGGCCCUACAAGCUAACAUGCCAUUAAGCUAUAGAGUGUUUCUAACUGCCUGGAGUGCAACAGAAGGAAAGCGGUAGCCUUCUGCUGUUUCCCGAGUUCUGGGGCGAAAGAGAACCGAGAGGAGCAAGCUAGUGACUGGAGCCCAGUUAGACACCCUUGCCUCGCCCAGGUCGCUGGUGAUCCGGCAGCCGCGGAGUAAAGUGCCCCUUACUGCCCAUGCAGCUUAAGCGGAUCCUCUCCUCCAAGGCGCCACUUGGCUGUGGAAUCGCCCUGUAACUCAUCCUCAGCAUAGAUGCAGGGAAACCUCUUGCUGCUCCUCAUGGCCACCUGUCCCAACCAAAACUGACCUUCCAAGCACAUUUGGCUGCGCCUUUUAGACAGCCACACAAAUAGGUUCCAGGCUUUACCAGAGCGCGCGGGGAAGAGGGACUCAAACCUCAGCUGCCCUAGCGGUUCUGAACUGCAGAGAGCCUGGAAAGGGAAAGGGAGGGGCAAGGAGACCAGGGAGAGCCAGGCAGACUGACUCGCUGCACCCGCCUGGAGAGCACCGUCGGGUUUGCAGCUCCUCAGGGAGCCGCUGCUGCUGCUGCUUUAAGCCUUACAGAGCUUUCCAGCUAUCACAGGGCCACCUCUCACCCGCUUUUCUCGGCCACCUCCUAGAGAAGCAUCCUUAUGCUUCUUACGCUACCACGACAUGCCUAGCCUGGAUCCCUUCUCUGGCCCACCGGCGCCAGCGGGACACCCUCUGCUCCCUGCCCACUUCCCCCUCGCUGCCCUGCGGCUGCUGAUUCUCCACCUCCUCCGCCCCCACCAUCUCCAGCUGGAAGACAAGGCCACCCAGCCGCAGCGGGUGCUGGCAGCCUGGGUCACGCACGGAAGAGAGGUGCAAGCUCGGACCCCACGCAGGGUAGGGGGCGUCCUGGAGCAGAGCAGCGAGGCAAGUGGAAUGAAAGAGCGUGGGAGUAGCCGCCCUGAAGCUUGAGCUUCUCCCAGGAGCCACCCCCCCGCCUCCGCCCCAGCCCGGCUAGGGCAAGAGCCUAGAGAGCUAGCCCAUCUGUGGCAUUGGUGGCCGCCUCCUCCUUGCACCUCCUCGCCGACCCCUCCCUCCCGGGACCUGCAUCCCGCUCCGCCAAUCAGAGUCCGACUGCCGCUUCCCACGUGACCCCGGGCGGGCUAAGGACCUGCUGCUUCCCAAACGCCAGAGGGAUGCGGGCGGCAGAGCGCGAGAGGCGGCGGCUGGGUUGCGGGGCGCUGUGACUGUCCCUCCACCCAGUCUAGUCGCGCGCCUCUCUCCUGCCCGCUGGCUGCCUCCUCUCUGCCUCCUGGUUUCUGUCUCCUGUUCCUCCUUUGCCCCAACCCUGUUCCUUAUGGCAGCAGCUCCCCGCAUCUGGGGCGAAGCUUCUCAGCGGACUAUCCUCUCGCUCCCGGGGCUGAACCGGGUUACUGGAUGUUGCUGAAACUCCUGAGAUCAUGCGCUCCUUUGGCCGCAGCCCCAGAGCCGGCUGUCCCUGCCGCCGCCUCCUCCUCUGCUGCCCUGGUCCGCGGGAUGCUCAGUAGCCCGCUGCGUGGCCACCGCGAUCCCGUGUUCUUCAGAAGCCGUUGGUUGCUGCAGAGUUGCGCGAAGUAGUCAUGGUGCCGUGGGAGUCCCCGCGGCAGUGCAGCAGCUGGACACUUUGCGAGGGUUUCUGCUGGCUGCUGCUGCUGCCGGUGACGCUGCUUAUCAUAGCCCGCCCGGUGAAACUCGCUGCUUUCCCUACCUCCUUAAGUGACUGCCAAACGCCCACCGGCUGGAACUGCUCCGGUUAUGACGACAGAGAAAAUGAUCUCUUCCUCUGCGACACCAACACCUGUAAAUUUGACGGGGAAUGUUUAAGGAUUGGAGACACUGUGACUUGCGUCUGUCAGUUCAAGUGCAACAGUGACUAUGUGCCUGUGUGUGGCUCCAAUGGAGAGAGCUACCAGAAUGAGUGCUACCUGAGACAGGCUGCCUGCAAGCAGCAGAGCGAGAUACUGGUGGUCUCAGAAGGAUCCUGUGCCACAGAUGCGGGAUCGGGAUCUGGAGAUGGAGUCCACGAAGGCUCUGGAGAAAGCAGUCAGAAGGAGACAUCUACCUGUGACAUUUGCCAGUUUGGUGCUGAGUGUGACGAAGACGCUGAGGACGUCUGGUGUGUAUGCAACAUUGACUGUUCUCAAACCAACUUCAACCCCCUCUGUGCUUCUGACGGGAAGUCUUAUGAUAAUGCAUGUCAAAUCAAAGAAGCAUCAUGUCAGAAACAGGAGAAAAUUGAAGUCAUGUCUCUGGGUCGAUGUCAAGAUAACACAACUACAACCACUAAAUCUGAAGAUGGGCAUUAUGCAAGAACAGAUUAUGCAGAGAACGCUAACAAGUUAGAAGAAAGUGCCAGAGAACACCACAUACCUUGCCCGGAACAUUACAAUGGUUUCUGCAUGCACGGGAAGUGUGAACAUUCCAUCAACAUGCAGGAGCCAUCUUGCAGAUGUGAUGCUGGCUACACUGGUCAGCACUGUGAGAAAAAGGACUACAGCGUUCUCUAUGUCGUGCCUGGCCCGGUCCGAUUUCAGUACGUCUUGAUUGCAGCGGUGAUUGGAACGGUGCAGAUCGCUGUCAUCUGCGUGGUGGUCCUCUGUAUCACAAGAACCUGCCUCCUGAGCAAUAUCUCAUAAAAAUAUGAAUAUCUAGAGACCUGAUCCCAAGUGAAAAGACUUGUCCCGUUGAGAAGGUGGACUGUCAUCUUUUUUACUGUCAUCUCCCACUUGUCGAAAAUGUGACUGCUCAGAUCCAUGUUUGUUUUUGACAGAUAUAUGGUCCCAGCAACUGCACAAAAAUGGGCCCACACCUACUAUGUAUGUGUGUGCACGUGUAUGUAUGUCUAUAUACAUAUUUUCCACUGUACCACCUGUAGUUGUAAUAGAAUUUUGUUAGUCUCAUAUUGUUCUUGCUUGCAUGAUCAAAGAAGUCUAUUAUUAUAAUAAAAAAAAUACUAGAUCAGCGAGUUUCAGAUGUUACUGAAUAUUAGCUUUUUGUAGAAGCAACAUAAUUGGUACCAAUUUUUGUCUCGAGUUUUAUAACAUUAAUGCAGUACAAUGAUAUUAGGCUAAACCAAAGCAAUAUUCCUUUGCAUUUACAUAUCGGGUGUUAUCAGCUGUUUUGUUCCAAUGUGAUAGCAUCUUACCUUAUAGCGCUGAAAUGUCAAUAUAACACUCAUCGUUAAGACAUUUAGAUAGAAAGUUGUUGAAGACAUUUAAAGAGAGAUGUGAUAAGCUUGGCACUUGCUUGUUGUUGGCCUUGUGCUGAGUCUGGUCAUUGCACAAUGUAACGAACAUACUGAAGGCAUGAACAGAGAAGGGCGGGGUAUUUCUCUUCAGCUUCUACUUCUGUUCUUCAAUUUUUCAACAGAAGCCUGAACACAACGGCAAGGAGAAGCAAAUAAUAAUAAAAAUGAAUGCAAUAAUAAUAACUUUUACAAGUAUUCCAAGGUUCUACUAGUAAUCAGUAUAUUUUUACGCUGAGCUACUUGACUAUUUUGCCUCUACAGCCUCGCUCUUUGACUGUAGGACCGAACUCUAGGUAAUCGCAUUAGACUAAGAUCUGUAAACUUUCCAACCUUCUAGGAAAUGCCCCCGAAGCAACAGAAUUCACAGACAGAAGCAAAAUACAGGGCACUACAGUUCAGACAACACAACAAGAGCAUCCACAAGGUUAAUCUAGAGGGAGCAUGUUUCCCAGUGGCCGGACAACUGACAGCUUGGACUACACAAUACAGUAUUAGAGACAAAAGAAUAAGACGAGAUCUACACAUGUUGCCUUGCGUUUGUGGUAAUCUACACCAAUGAAAACAUGUACUACAGCUAUAUUUGAUUAUGUAUGGAUAUAUUUGAAAUAGUAUACAUUGUCUUGAUGUUUUUUCUGUAAUGUAAAUAAACUAUUUAUAUCAAUCACA